UCACUUAGGGCUUAACCCUACACUUUUGCGUGACUGCUCUCAGCCAGCUCCCAGUCCUCGCUACACCGCCCGCCGCGGGCUUCGCGAAUACUCACAUUUCGAGCACUGAGCCUGUUUGAUCAACACAACCCAGCAACCCGUUCGUUCGUCGUCUUUCUAUUCUCUCUUCCUCCACACAUUUAUCAUCCGCAAUGGCUGAAGUUACUUCCGUUCAGGGUCCCCAGUGGCGUCUUGUUGAGGUCGGCCGUAUCGUCCUCGUCUCGAAGGGCGCGGCCGCCGGCAAGCUUGCGACUAUUGUCGAGAUCAUCGACCACAAGCGUAUCCUCGUUGACGGCCCCACCUCCGGUGUCCCCAGACAGGCUCUCGCCCUCGCCCACGUCACCCUCACCCCCCUCGUCAUCACCAAGCUCACCCGCGGCGCUCGCAGCGCCACCGUCACUAAGAAAUGGGCCGCCGAGUCCAUCGACGAGAAGUGGGCCAAGAGCGCCUGGGCCCAGAAGAUCAAGAGCCGUGAAAUAAGAUGGGGUCUUAACGACUUCCAGCGAUUCCAGGUUUUGAUUUUGAAGAAGCAGCGACGGUACGAGGUUAAGAAGGCCUUGGCUAAGGCGAAAAAAUCGGCGUAGAUUGGCAUCAUGGUUGUUUGAGUUUGUGUACAGUUAUUAAUUAUAAGAAUCGUUGUAUUUACGAAUAAAAAGUCCAUAUGAUUGAUCAAU